AUUAACUGCUACCUGAAAUUCAAGACUUCCGAUCAGAGUUUCCACUCCCGUCGCUUUCCAUUUUCCACCAGGAAAAAAAAAAGAUUCUGGUCAAAGCAUAAGGGCACCGAACCUUAACCUUUUUCCACACUUCAAUAACUGCGAAACGUCGGCGGCUUUACUUUUCACUUUCGUUUCGCGCCGCCUAAGUCUUUACCUAUUACUGCCACUACCCCUCACCAUUUUCUACAACCGUCAUCUAUCAGUCCAGGAGCAGCUAUCCCGAAGCUGCCCGUCGCCACGAUGAAGGUUACUUUCAAGGAGCUUUCGAACCAGAAGUUCACGCUCGAUGUCGAGCCCACCGACCUUGUUUCAACCCUGAAGCAGAGAGUCGCCGAAGAGAAAGGAUGGGACGCCAAGGCCUUGAAGCUCAUUUACUCCGGCAAAAUCCUCAAGGAUGAAGAAUCAGUCGCGGCUCACAAGAUUGAGGAGAAGGGCUAUGUUGUUUGCAUGGUGAGCAAGCCCAAACCUGCUCCCGCUGCUGCCGCUGCUUCAUCAAGCGCGGCCCCUGAGACGCCUGCACGAUCGGCUGCCGCCACUCCUGCCGCCGCGGCCGCGCCCACACAGUCAUCUAGCGCCGCCGCCGCCGCCGCUGCCGCAGUGCCGGCUACACCAUCUCCCGCACCUGGCGGUGGUGGCCUCAGCGGUGACAUGGCCAUGGGUUCGGCCCGACAAGAUGUGAUUAUGAACAUGGAAGCUAUGGGAUUCGAGAGAUCCCAGUGCGAGGCUGCUCUACGUGCCGCUUUCUACAAUCCUGACCGUGCUGUUGAAUAUCUCCUGAAUGGUAUUCCGGAGAGUGCUCGCCAGCCGGAGCCUCAGCGAGAAGCGCCCGCCCAAUCUACACCAGGCGCAGCUCCUGCUGGCUUCGCCCCUCCUGCUGGCCAACCUGCCGAACCUGAGUCUGAGGGUGGAAGUGUCAACCUUUUCGACCUGGCUGCGCAGCAGGGUCGAGGUGGUAGUCGUGGAGGAGCCGGUGGCAAUGCUCAAGCGGCUGCUGCUGCUGCCGCGGCCGCGGCCGCGGGUGGCCCAGCCCUUGGUAACCUUGACUGGUUGCGCAACAACGCCCAAUUCCAGCAACUUAGGCAGGUGGUUCAGCAGCAACCGCAAAUGCUGGAGCCGAUUCUGCAGCAACUUGGCGCUGGCAACCCUCAACUUGCCCAACUGAUCUCUUCGAACCCUGAUCAGUUCCUACAAUUGUUGGGCGAGGCUGGCGAUGACGAUGCGCCUCUGCCCCCUGGCGCUCAGACCAUCUCGGUGACGGAAGAAGAGCGUGAUGCUAUCGAGCGAUUAUGCCGACUAGGAUUCGACCGAGAUGCGGCGAUUCAGGCUUAUUUCGCCUGUGACAAGAAUGAGGAGUUGGCCGCCAACUUCUUGUUCGACCAGCCGGAAGACGAUGAGCCGCCCCAGAACUGAUUUUCAUGAUGUGAAUGAGAUGCCCUAUUCGUCCGCCACCCUCUUACGAUUCCAAACCGGCCUGACUACGAUAUCCGACGUGGCAUUCUUCGCCCUUGCGAUAAUAUCCCCUCUGUUAAUGGUCGUUAUUCACUCGCAUAAUGCUUUAUUCUGCUAGGACAGGCAUUUGAAGGCUCUGCCUGGAAAAAACCACCGUAUACAAUGCAAAGCAACGGUCUUCUCCUGAUUGAGACUUCCGCUACCACCUCCCCCUUUUUACCCCUUCGUGAAACACGCACUUUCGGGGCAAGACAUCAUGACAUAGCUCGCGCGAUUUUUCUAUUCCGCGAAGAUGAUAGGAGGAAUAAAAGGGCUAGGUGAACUAAGUCUAUAGCUUAGUUCUGAAUUCUACCAAUUGAUUUCUCGAUAUUACAUUUAU